GAAUGGGGGACGAAACCCUGCUGGAGCGUAUACUCAAUGGAGACGAGGAACCCAAGGAUCUGCCAUUAGCACUCUUACAAAGCAUCACGAACGAUUUCUCCGACGACAGAAAAAUUGGUCAGGGUGGAUUUGGAGCGGUUUACAAGGGUGAACUCCAAAAUGGGAUUAUUGUUGCUGUCAAGAGGAUUGAAGUCAACCAAAUCACAAUUGAUGACGUGUCAUUUCGCCGUGAGUUUAAUAGCCUGAUGAACACCAACUAUCAAAAUGUAGUCCGGUUUCUUGGCUUCUGUUCUAAUACACAUCAUACAUCGAGAAAAGAGGCAGGAGAAAUUAACCUUGUAAGCGUAAGAGAAAGAUUGCUCUGUUUUGAGUACAUCCGCAAUGGAAGUCUUGAUAAGCACAUUACUGAUGAAUUAAGGGGACUUGAAUGGGAACCACGUUAUGCAAUAAUCUCUGGAAUUUGCAAGGGUCUGUGUUAUCUUCACGAGGAAUUUUUUUUAUUCAUAUGGAUCUUAAACCGCCAAAUAUAUUACUUGAUGAUCAUAUGGUUCCAAAAAUUACUGAUUUUGGGUUGUCAAGAUCAAAUGAAAUGUCGCAUACUACGGGUCAACGUUUUGGAACACCAGGAUAUCUCGCUCCAGAAUACGAGAAAGAUGGCAAAACUUCAUUCAAGUGUGACAUAUACAGUUUGGGUGUCAUAAUCACAGAAUUGGUAACGGGGUGUAAGAGCGUCCCUCACAAAAAUAAUUUAAGUGAUAUCUCUCACUUUUUAGAACAGCAAGAAUGUUUUGCCUGCAUCUUUUGUUCAUGCUUUAAUUUGCAUA